AUGCCUACUCUUGUGCGAGACAAUAAUUCACUCCGCCCAGCCCGGAAGCACGGACUCAGCAAUAUUUCGACACCGUUCAGCUUCUUUUUGCCACUCUUUCCAUAUCUACUUUUUACUAUUUCUCACUGUAUUUUCCUCGUCUGUAUAUUUCUUUUUCUACUAAUACUUCUCCCCUCUCUCUCUCUCUCUCUCUCUCUCUCUCUCUCUCUCUCUCUCUCUCUCUCUAGAAUGAAAUCGAUUAGUACGCCUAUUCCUUUCUACUUACUGUUUCUCUUUCAUUCCUUUCUUGCUCUUGAUUCUUUUUACUUCUUCUUGCAACGUUUGCUCCUCUUAGCUUCGUUCCAAAUGUUUGCCCUCGUUUUCGUUUCGUUCCUCAGCCCACACUUACGAUCUCAAUCUCAAUCCUCAGUUUAUACCUUGGUUCUCUCUAUCUCUCUCCCUUUUUUCUGUCUUUCUGUUUUUCUUUCUUCUUUCUUUCUUUCUUACGUCACGGCUACAUUUACUAUUUUCUCUUCACGGUCUUCCAUAUCUCUUCUCAGUUCUUCUUCGUUUUCUGCUGGCUCCACGUCCAUCUUUCAUUCAGUUUGUAUCUCUCUCCUUUUUUUCGUUGUUCUUGAAUAUUUACAACAUGUCUUUCUUUCCCAGGCUGAACGCCUUCCAUUCUCUGCUCACUGGUCCGAUCAAUGUUUCACCUGGCAUCAAAUUACCAUUCAAAGAAUCCAAUUGAAAUUUCUCGCGAUUAUCUUGAAUCAAAAAACCUACCUAUCUAUCUAUCUAUCUAUCUAUCUAUCUAUCUAUCUAUCUAUCUAUCUAUCUAAUAUGUUUCUCUCUACCACUCUCAGUCUCUUUCUUUUUAUCUAUCUAUCUAUCUAUCUAUCUAUCUAUCUAUCUAUCUAA